AUGUUGGCACCUCAAGCGAGGUACUUGGUAGCACGGUCAGCUACGGAUGUGAACGAUCGUAAAGGAUUUCUCAUGUUUCAAAUGGUACAGGAGGAAACCAUGGACGAUGAUGUAAUGGCAAAUUGUGCUUAUUGUUAUGAGAUUCAAUUGAUGGCUUCAGCAAGAGGUCGAGGACUAGGUGAGUUUUUAAUGCAUCUGUUGGAUCGUGUUGGAUGUCAUUGGAAGAUGGAUAAGGUGAUGUUGACGGUGUUUAAAUCCAAUGAAGGUGCGUUUCGGUUCUAUACAAAGAAAUUAGGAUUUGAAUUGGAUGAGAUCUCUCCUGGUGCUUGUUUGCCACGUUCUAAGGCACGUUUAUUCGAUUAUGAGUUACUUAGUAAACCUUGCAGUCAAUAA